AUGGCAAUCGCAGUGUAUUUUAUCACUUUUCUCAUCGGAAUUCUCAGGUAAAUGUGUUAAAGAUUAUGGAAAAGUAGGUCCUUGGAAUUUCAGUUAUUUCCUAUGGCACUGGACGUACUGGAUGCGUCGAGGGAUCCGUGGACCGCGAGGUUAUCCGGUAAUUGGCCUCGCGAACACCAUGUUCUCCAGCGAUUCACCGCCAUUUUUACGGCUCAAGGAAUGGGGAAACGUGAGCCCCAAACUAUCAUAAGUUUCCUUCCAACUGCCAACCUUUUGUUUUCCAGGUUUACGGACCCAUCUUCGGCAUCACGGAAGGCUUCAACAAGUCGCUGGUCAUCUCGGAUCCGGAUCUCGUGCACGAGGUGUUUGUGAAGCAGUACGACAACUUUUACGGUCGGAAACUGAAUGCGAUCCAUGGCGAUCCGGAAAAAGACAAGCGGGUCACGUUGUUCGCCGCUCAAGGAUAUCGUUGGAAGCGAUUGAGGACGAUUGCCAGUCCCACUUUUUCGAAUGGUAAUCUGAGAAAGUUGAAGGAUACUGUCGAGGAUUGUGCGAUCGAAUUGUUGAGACACAUUGAGGAGCAGACGGCCGGAGGGCAACAGAUUGACAUGUUGACGUGAGUUUGGUACAUGGUCACAGCAAAAGCGAUGUUUAUUAAAGGGUCCUAACCAGUACUUUUUGCAGAUUCUACCAAGAAUUCACGCUGGACGUGAUCGGCCGAAUCUCAAUGGGUCAAACCGAUUCGCAAAUGUUCAAAAACCCCAUGUUGCCACACGUGCGCGCGAUUUUCGGCGAGAGUCGCAAAGGAAUGUUCAUGAUGGGCGCCGUCGCGCCGACGUUCACCCGCCUCUUCAGAUGGACCGUUCAGAAGUUCAAUUUGAUGAGCAACAACAAUCCGAGCGCGCACAUUUUGACGGUGGUCUCUGAAGCGGUCGAGAAGCGGAUUCGGCGGAGGAGCGAGGAUGUGGCAAGUGGUGUGGACGUUGGCGAGCCCGAAGAUUUUAUCGAUCUUUUCCUGGACGCGAGAGCUGAAAAUGAGCAAGAUUUGAAUGGGAACGGAGGCGACUUUUCGAGAUCCCAUUCAAAAGUAUCGAAGCAACUGACCUCUGAAGAGAUUGUCGCGCAAUGUUUCGUGUUCCUGGUAGCUGGUUUCGAUACGACCGCGCUUUCCUUGGCCUUUACCACCUAUUUACUGGCUCUCAACCCUCAAGUUAUGGCCAAAUUGCAAGAAGAGGUGGACAGAGAGUGUCCGGACCCCGAGAUCACUUUCGAUCAGCUGGCAAAACUGAAGUACAUGGAGAUGGUGAUCAAGGAGACACUUCGGCUGUAUCCACUGGCUGCUCCGUGAGUUUUCUAAAGUCUUUGGAUACUUUUAUGCGUUUAUGUUUCAGAGCCAACUCGCGAAGAUGUAUGAAGGACACAAUAGCCGGUGAAUACCGUAUAGAAGCGGGCACCUAUGUGAUCGUCAACACGUGGGCAGUCCAGACGGAUCCGUCGAUCUGGGGCGCGGACGCGGAGUCAUUCCGGCCGGAAAGAUGGGAAGGCUCGACGGAGCAGCAUAAAAGCGGCGGCUACAUUCCAUUCGGACUGGGACCGCGACAAUGCAUCGGAAUGCGGCUCGCUUAUAUGGAGGAGAAGCUGCUCCUGGCUCAUCUCCUCCGCAAGUACACCUUCCAGCCGGGCGCCCGCACUCGCAUCCCGCUCAAGUUGGUCGGAAGGGCAACCACGCAGCCGGACAGUGUUUGGAUGCACUUGAGGCCCAGGCACUAG